CGUAUACCGCAUGCGCCGUCGUACUCGGUUCUCCGCGGUGCGCCGUUCCCGUCCAUCGCCUCCACCCUUUUCUUCCACCUCGCUGCGUCCCUCUCCGUCGCCAGCCCGAAGCCUGAAGCCCUUCUUCCGCUCUUCGCCUCCCCCGCUCCUCAGACACUGUGGCUCUGUUAUUUGGGGCUUGUCUCGCUUUCUCCCAUGGCGGCGUACGAGAGUGAUGGCGGCGGGAUCGGGGGCAAGUUCCGGAAGCGCCUCUUCCGGCCGGCCCCCGCGACGCCGUACGAUCGGCCCCAGGCGGCGGCACGCCCCGCCCAGCCGCUUCCGGCGGAGCCGCGGGGGAACGGGUGGCUCUCCAGGCUCGUGGACCCCGCGACCCGGAUCAUCUCCUGGAGCGCAUCCCGCAUCUUCCCCUCCUCCGUCUUCCAGAAGCGGCUUGGCGCCCCUCCUGCCGCGCCGCCAGAGGCAAAUCAAAGACCAGUGGAGGAAGUCAUCAAAGAACCAUCUACUAAUUCAUUACACGAAGUGCAAGAACAUCUCAGUGAUGGAAAAAAUGCAGUGAAUAGUUCCAAUGCUGGCAGCGCUCAACAUGGAACCAGUUCUCAUGUCGAUGGAGUUUUUGAACUCGAGCAACUACUGAAGCAGAAAACUUUUACAAGGACUGAGUUUGAUCAUUUGACCCAGUUAUUACAUUCAAGAAUUGUGGAACCAAAUGCACGAGAAGUGGCUGUGAAUUCUGAGAAUAUAGAGAUAACAAAUGUUCGAGGUCAAACUAAUAAUGCUGUUGAAGUAAAUGUAUUACAACCAGCAUCAAGUUAUGAAAUAGAAAUGCCAACUAUUCCAGGUGAAGCAAAUAAGAAGCAGCAGUGUGCUGAUGACGUAUCACAACCAAUGUCAAGUUUCAAUAAUAAGGAUAAAAGAGUUGCUUCAGAACAAGAAAGAAGAGAGGUAUUUUCUGGGUUACAUGAAAUUGUUACAGUUCCUGCACCUGGCCUGGCUAGUACCAAGGAAGAAGCUGCCUCGUCAACAAAAAUUGCUAAGACACAUAUGAGUUCUAGGUUUUUUAAAUCUUCUGCAUCUCUAAGCGUGCAAAAUAAAUUAUUUCGGGACGAUAGAGCAAUGCCAAUUGGAACACCAUAUGCAAGGAAACCAUCCAAUCAUUCGUUGGUAUUGAGAACUGCAGUCCGCAAUUCUGAACCUGUUGAAACUAGACGAAACAGCUUGUUGAGUUCAGGAAUUUAUGGCAGAUCAGCAAUAUAUAAAAUGUCUCGUUCUCCAUACUUCAAGCCCUGUUCAAUGGCUAACUUAGGGGGUGACAGAUCUUCGCUGGAUGACUAUGGUUGCCCCUCUAUGUCUGAAAACAUUACACACUCUGGUGGCAGACAGACGUUUAAACGAGGGAGAUCACUUUUAGAGGAUGAUAUCGGAUCAUCUGGUCCCACCCGUAGGACACAUCAGAAGUCCAACUUGAUGUCUCCAUUAGCAAGUCCAUACUUGUCGCGGGGGAAUUCUCUGCCUUCUUCAUCAACUCGUGUUGAUCAAGGUUCUGUAACUUUAAACCAAAAGCUUUUCCAUUUGAAUGAACAAGAGAAUGGCCAUAGUGAGUUCCAAACUGUAGAAAAUAGUGGGGUUCCUUCUGUUCCACUUCCUCCCAAGUCCAGUGAGAUGGCUAGGAAAAUUCUACAGCAACCUGAUAAACUGGUGACUUCUCCAAAAGGGCAAUCCUCUAAUCUGAAAAUUGACAUGGAUGAAUCACCAUUUCUGUUGACUCAUAACAUGCUUCAUGGACAAGCUCUUAAAAGCAUGGAGGAAAUUGAUAUGUCUAAGUUUUUGAAUGUGCAAAAAAAUGGCAGUUUGAAAUCUCCCAGUGAUUCACACCAAAAAAGUUUUGGAAAUACUAUUUCUCAGAAGCAAGACAAGUCUGAAGAAAAUGGCUCUACCAAGAGUGCUGUUAAAGGGGUUCGAUUUCCAUCUACAAACUCUGUUCUCGAGAAACCUAAUAACGUAUCUGGCAGAGAGGCCAAACCUAGUACGACAACUGCUCAUUUUGUUGUUUCAGGUGCUGCUACAACUACCUCACAAAAAAAACCAUCAUUCCAGAUGAGUGCACCCGAGGAUCUUGUCGAGUUGGAUGAUGAUAGCGAUGAUAUAAAGGAUUCUCCAAGUACAGCUACUAUUGUUGGUAAUAAACCUUUGUUGAUAUCGAAGUGUGAGAUUACACACGAAAAGCCUAAAUUGGAGAAAUCUAUGAAAUCUUCGUCUAAUAAUAUUUGUACAUCCAUGGGGGUAUCGGAUGGGGAUUCCACCAAGAUAUCCAAUGGGCUUGCCCCACAGUGUGAGGAAACCCCUGCUCCUACAUUUAAAGCUGAUUUGGUGGAGCUUGCAUCUGGAUCUGCUUCAACUGCUGCUGGUGCUAGUGGCCUUGGUUUCAGUAAUGCCACGACAGCAACUGUAUUAGAAGGCUCUAAAGGUGAAGUUGUCCAAACUUCAAAAGGUGGGGACCUAUUCAAUGCAUUUGGGAAUGCUGCAUUGCCGACCUUAUCUGUUUUUGGAGCUUUUAGGACAUCUGAACUAAAUGAUGGCAUCACUUCAUCCACUGCCAUAUCUUCAGCUCUUGUUGCUCCGUCCAUGACAUUGGGUGCUUCAUUCGCACCAGGUUUCUCCGCCAGCACCAGCAUGGCACCUAAUUCUUCAGCUACCAUCUCAUCUGAUGCACCUAUAUUUUCCACAAUCCCCUCCUUCCAGUUUGGUGCUAGUGGCUCUUUUGGUGCUUCUAAUGCAGUAACUUCAUCAACAGAAAAAUCUGAGUCUUCCAAUUUGGUGGGAGAGUCUGUCAAGUCAUCUGUUUUCAGUGUAAGCAGCUCUGCUCCUCUACUAGGUACAUCUGCUGCAUUUUCAAGCACCAGAAGCAACAGCUCAGCCGUUCUGACACCAUCAAUAUUCGCAAGCACGAGCAAUGGUUCCUCUGCUCUGCCAGCGCCAGCAUUAUUUAGUACAGCCACUGGUGGUUCUUCUGCUAUGUCAUUGUCGUCAGGUUUCUCCACAAGCACCAGCAUGGCACCUAGUUCUGCAGCUACCAUCUCAUCUGCUGCACCUAUACUUUCCACAAUCCCCUCGUUCCAGUUUGGUGCUAGUGGCUCUUUUGGUGGUGCUAGCACAGUAACUUCAUCAACAGAAAAAUUUGAUUCUACCAAUUUGGUGGGAGAGCCUGUCAAGUCAUCUGCUUUCAGUGUAAGCAGCUCUGCUCCUCUAGGUACAUCUGCGGCAUUAUCAAACACCAGAAGCAACAGCUCAGCUGUUCUGACACCAUCAAUAUUUGCAAGCACAAGCAAUAGCUCCUCUGCUCUGCCAGCACCAGCAUUAUUUAGUACAGCCACUGGUUCUUCUGCUGUGUCAAUGUUGCCAGGUUUCUCAACUUCAUCCAAUGGAUUCAGUGGUUUUGGUUCAUCACCACAAUCUGGUGGUGCCAAUUCAUUGUUUUCAAGUAACAGUUCUCAGAACUUGACAGUGUUUGGCACAACAGCAGAAUCUAGUUUCAGCACUCAGCCAGCACAGUCUGGAACUGGGAUGUCACAUGCUUUGCCAAUAUCAUCAUCUAAUACCUUCGGUUCAUCAAUUCCUACGACAAUGUUUGGUCUAAGUGGCACUUCCUCAUCUGGUUCUGCAAGCUCAUCAUUUGGUUUCUCAACGCCUGGUUUGGAGCCUCUUGGUUCAAGUUCUGGCUUCUCUUUCCCUACUGCUACUGGGUCAUCUUCCAGUUCUGGCAGUAGUAGUACCAUUCCACUGGCAAAGAGUUUUGUUUCAAGUACUGGGUUGUCCACCAUUUCAACUUUAAGUGCUGGCGGCAGCAGCAGCUCCCAUGUAUGGUCUACGCCUUUUGGUUCAAGUGGCUUUUCCUUUGCAGCAAGUGCUAUUUCAUCAGCCAAUUCCAGUGGAAAUUUAUCCCUUGUAGCAGGUACAGGCACUGGCCUGUUCAAGUCCACUUCACAUUCAGCCCAGUCAUCACCUUCUGGCUCCAUUUUUGCCUCAACCACUUUUUCACCUGCUACAGGGCUUCCAUUUGGGUCAGCUCCCUCUUCAGGGAGUUCACCUUUCAUGUUUGGUUCAUCAUCAGGGUCAGUUUCUACAUUCACUUCAGUUGGAAGCACAACUUCACUGAUUUCUCUUGUGCAGCCUGUGUUUGGAGCACCAAAUCAGACAAGUGGUUUGAAUUCAGGUUCACCUGGAAAUGACCAGAUGAAUGUUGAGGAUAGUAUGGCUGAUGAUUCUGUCCAGUCUUCGGUUCUUCCGGCAGUGAAAUUUGGACAACCAACAAAUACACCUGCAUCUCCUAACUUUGUGUUCGGUUCCCCAGCUACUCCUGGUGGGACAACAACCUUUCAGUUUGGCAGCCAGCAGAAUAAUUUUAUGCCUCAAAGCCCAUCUCCAUUUCAACCAGCUGGAAAUUUAGAGUUUGCUGCAGGAGGAAGCUUCUCUUUGGGAAGUAGUGGUGGUGGUGACACGUCUGGUCGAAGGACAGUGAAAGUAAGACGAGAUAAGCAUCGGAAAAGGUAGGGGAGGAUUCGAGUUGAUCGAGAUGCAUUUGCGGCACUAGCUUGAUGGCUUUUGUUUAUUAUUUGAUGGCAAAGGAUUUUGAUGUCAAAAGGUAAGUGUUAUUUGUCUCAGAUCAAAGUGCAUGGUCUCUGGAGUCUGGGCGAAUGUUCUCCAGAAUGUAAGUGUACUUUCCCUGUCAUUUUAGAUUUCAGCUUGCACUCAAAAGUUUUACUUUCACCUCCAAGUAUUUUAGGGUUUUCCAGCUUCCUUCAGCCUAUAUCAUUGCACCUUUGGUUUCUUUAUAAACCGUAUGAAGGACUUUUGCACUUUGGCUUUGGUGUCAAGUAUCGACAUCCAUUGUUGGUAUGCUUGUACUUCAUACUUGUAUUGUGGAGCUCAUAACACCAUUCUUAAUGUAAUCUCUAUCACAUAUCAGCGAUCAUCGCAUGUGAGAACUUAAAGUUUGAUGCAUGUUUUCUCUUUUGACACCA